AGAGCCGAAGAUGUUGGCUCAGUCAUGUGAUCAGCUGUGUUCAAUCACAGCUGAUCACAUAGGAGAGCCGGUAAUCGGCAUCCCUCAGAGGGGACAUGUGCACUGAUCAUCAGGGGACUGAUGAUCAGUGUGCCCUGAUGAUCUGUGUAGCCUCAGCAGUGCCACCUGUUAGUGUCCAUCAGUGCCAGCUGUCAGUGCUAAUCAGUGCCACAUCAAUGCCACAUAUCAGUGCCCAUCUGAGCUGCCUUUCAGUGUCACCCAUCAGUGCCACCUAUCAAUGCCAGUCAGUGUCACCUAUCAGUGCCCAUCAGUGACACCUAUCAGUGCCAGUCAGUGACACCUAUCAGUGCUGCCAAUCAGUGCCACCUAUCAGUGCAAGUCAGUGCCGCCUAUCAGUGUGCAUCAGUGCCACCUAACAGUGCCAAUCAGUG